AUGGGCGUUACGGCCAUCGUCUCUCCCUGUUACCGGUGGCCCUUCCUCGCCGACCAUACACAGGGCCUCGCUCGUCGAAACCAGCCGACAUCUCUUGGUGUUUUGCUCAGGUUUUGGAUGUUCCUAGUACAUUGGUGGGAGUAUGUUUGCAUCAAUGUUCGACACAUCUCCGAGGUCGUCUGCGGAUUUGCAGGUUUUGCUUCACAUAGCUCACGCGUGGAGCAUGUUACAUUUUUGCGGGAUAGACUUGUCUUUAUCAAGAUCUCCCCAAAUUAUGAAGAUCAUACGGCCGUGGACUCAAAUCUUGAGGCUAUGAGAUAUGGAAAGAUCUCAUUCAAUGGUGUUCGGAUCUACAUGAUAUUUUCUCUCAAGAUUCAGAGUAAUCCUGUCUGGCUUUCCUUAUGUGGGAGCAAUCACUUAAAUAUCGGGUCGGUGAUCACUGUAAUCCGCCGAUGUAUCAAUUACAGGGAGCUGAUUGGAGACCUGUUGACUAAACGGAUUGAUCUCGCCAUUCACCUACAAAAAUAA